CUUGCGCGCUUUACGUAGUUGUGCGUCAACUCCCCAGUCCCCCCACCAUCACCGUUCUACAGAGGAAGAAAGGGGGAGACGGGCAACCUAUACAGAACGCUGUAAGUGUAGUUUAUAUUCAUUCCGAAUAUUAAAAUACACAUAUAUAUAGCUUAAGUUUGUGCCGGUCUGGCCACGAAUAACGUCCAACCUUGCCUCGGCUUUAGUUCAUACAAAUAUGAGCGGCAGCGGGCGGCCCAGGACCAGCUCCUUCGCUGAGCCUCCCGGAGCUCCCGGGUCCGCUGCAGCCGGUGCCGGAUCAGCAGCAGCCGGUGGGAGCUCGACAGGAAAGACUGGGGCUUCAACAGCCAGUGGAACCAGCUCGACGAGCUUCGGGAAUCUGAAACUGCCUAGAGACAGUGGCAAGGUGACGACGGUGGUAGCCACACCCGGCCAGGGCCCCGACCGCCCACAGGAAGUCUCUUAUACAGACAUAAAGGUUAUAGGGAAUGGCUCCUUUGGGGUGGUCUACCAGGCUCGCCUCAUCGACAGCCAGGAGAUGGUGGCCAUUAAGAAAGUUCUCCAAGACAAGAGGUUCAAGAAUAGGGAGCUGCAAAUUAUGAGGAAAUUGGACCACUGCAACAUUGUGAGGCUACGUUACUUCUUCUACUCCAGUGGAGAGAAGAAAGAUGAGGUGUAUUUGAAUCUGGUGCUGGACUUCGUUCCCGAGACCGUGUACAGGGUGGCUCGGCACUUCAACAAGGCAAAGACCACCAUCCCCAUCAUCUAUGUUAAGGUGUACAUGUACCAGCUGUUCCGCAGUCUGGCUUAUAUCCAUUCCCAGGGCGUGUGUCACAGAGACAUCAAACCCCAGAACCUGCUGGUGGACCCGGAGACGGCCAUCCUCAAACUCUGUGACUUUGGCAGUGCGAAGCAGCUAGUGCGGGGGGAGCCGAAUGUUUCCUAUAUCUGCUCGCGGUACUAUCGCGCCCCGGAGCUCAUCUUUGGAGCCACCGACUACACGUCCAACAUUGACAUCUGGUCGGCCGGCUGCGUGCUGGCCGAGCUGCUGCUGGGCCAGCCCAUCUUCCCCGGGGACAGCGGGGUGGACCAGCUCGUAGAGAUCAUUAAGGUGCUUGGGACACCAACGAGGGAGCAGAUCCGGGAGAUGAACCCCAACUACACAGAGUUCAAAUUCCCUCAGAUCAAAGCACACCCCUGGACAAAGGUGUUUAAGCCUCGCACGCCCCCCGAGGCCAUCGCUCUGUGCUCCCGGCUGCUGGAGUACACGCCGGUGACCCGGCUGUCUCCGCUGGAGGCGUGUUCGCACGCCUUCUUCGACGAGCUCCGUCAGCCCAACACCCGCCUGCCCAGCGGGCGAGAACUGCCGCUCCUCUUCAACUUCAGUCCCGUCGAGCUGUCUAUCCAGCCCCAGCUGAACUCCACACUCAUUCCUCCUCACGCUCGUGCACAGACAUCGCCUGCCUCACAUGAGGGCGGUGUGUCAGACAGUACCGCCCAGCCCAGCUCAGCACCCGGAUCCAUCAACAACAGCACCUGAGCACCACCCCUCUGCCAUCCUUUUAUUUUCGUCUUCCCCCCCCCAUCUUCCCUUUUCUCUCCUCUGCUCUUCUUCCUCUCCACCUUCCUCCUGGCUCCAAAACCCCUCUUUAAAAAUAGAAAUAACUUCACACACACUCAGCAGUGCUAUUGUCCCUGACUCUUUAACCAUUUCCAAUAGAAAGCAAUCUCUGUGGCUGCUAGCUUCUGGAAGGUGUGGGCUUGUUUUAAGGAUAUUUGGGGAGCCAAGCGUGGGUUUAAAAUAAGCUGCCGUUCAUCUGGCCUGUUAGAAUAAAUCAACUCGACAUUGGUAGGGUUUAUUGGCAUAAAAAGGAGGGGGGGUUGUACAUGUUAUGUGGAUUUUCUCUGUAUUAUAACUGACUUUUAUCCCUUUUAUGUUCAUUUUUAUUUGCAUUGGUGUAUUUUAUGUGUGGCCGUGGUGCCAUUAAAUGGGGUCCUGAUUGGCUUUUGAGUUGAAAGGUCGUGUGAGAGGCCUGACUAAUAAUGACAAUCAUCUUUAGUGGGGUCACGCAUGUAGUGUACACACUUGAUUAUAAGACCCACUGUGUAGACUGGAAGCUUUUAGGCCUCUUUCUACCAUCAAUUUACUCAAGUAUUGUCAGUUCAUCCAGCGGCACGGUGACCACGUGAAGUUUUUUUUUUUAAUCUUCAACUUUGACCCCAGAAUAUAUUGGCUGAUUUUAGAGUUGGUUUUACAUUUUAUUCAAAAAGAAAUGCACCACAGCCUGUCUUUUAUAAAAGUUUCCUUUUGAAUAUUAGCUCCUCGACUGCCUUUUAUGUGAAUGAGAGGGAGCAGAGUGCACAGUUUCUUCGCGAUAAGCUUAUGUUUUCAUCGAUUAAGCUACACGCUUCUCUUAUUGCAUCCAAAAGGGAGUAGAGCGGAAGCAAAGGGGUGAGUUAUGUUAGUCCAGCUGUUAUCAUAACGUCACACACAGGUUGGAUGUGGGGUUCCAGUUGCAUCUAAUACAGAAGCCUCACAUGUCAUAAACACCACCUCGUUAAUUAUGUCACUUUGUGGUUUCUUAUGGGCUUGAUUAUGUUGAUCAGGCUCAGAGAGAGACUCCGGACACCUUCACCUGGCUCGUCAUCGUCAUUUCACACAGUUGUUUCGUGCAGGAGGAGGACUGAAUUUAGUUUGUGAGAGCGACUGGCUGAAAACCCUCUUCCCAAACAGUGCAACGCUUCUAUCAUGUUCUUCUCGUCCCUCUGUGGUGUUAGUCGGAACUGAUGGUGAAUGUGCAGCCUACCGUCGGCAGUUGUCUUUCAGACGUGCAUGUUCAGCCCACACUAUAUUGCUUCCACUAAUCUCAGUAAUAAUCCGACCAGAAACGAUGCUCAAACCCUGAAACCCGGCGUCUUUUUGGAGCCUCCCCUUCCUCCUCCUCCCCUUCCUCCUCCUCCUCCUCCUCCUCCUCCUCCUCCUCCCCUCUUUCCUCCUCCUUUUUUCACUGCUAAACUGUAAAUAUCAAGUACCUUUUAUUUUGUUAUUUUUAUUGUUAUUAUAUUGUUGUUCUUGUAAUUUUUUUUCUCUAGUAGACCGGCGCAGCAGCGUCCGGACUGUUUAUCCUCAGUCGCAGUCUGUAAAUACGAUUUCAUUUCAGUCCCUGGUUCAGGAGGGGAAACACAGAACAAAAUGUUUCAUUUUUACUCUCUCUCCUUCCAUUUCUCUAUUCACCACUUUCCCUUUUCCCCCUAUAAAUGUUGUCAUAACUGUUUUAUUUAUUGUAUUGUGUUAUUUUUUUUGGGCGGGGUGGGAGAUUCGUUUCCACUGCGGUGGUACAAUUGAGGUUUUUUGUUUUUUUUUAUUCCAAAUUUGAGUCCAACUAUGUCACAUGCAAAACGAUUUCACAUCCAAGAUACUGUACAGAGAUCCGGACGUUGGUGUGUGUGCGCUUUCCAAUCAGUGCUGUUGUGUGUAUGCACAUAAGAGCCAACACGUGGAACUCCAGUUUUUUCAUUUAACUUCAAUGUGAAGGGAAUGUUACAAGCCUCUGGAUCUACAGGGUCGUGGUGUUGAGGGAGCACGGUUAACCCUGUGUGAGUGAGUGUGUGUGAGUGUGUGUGUGUGUGUGUGUGAGUGUGUGUCUGGAGGAAAGGGGGAAAUAAUGAAUUUGUCCAUUGACAUGUAUCAUCUCCUGUGUCCGACCGUCUCCUGUUUCACUUACUGUGUUUAGUAUGAGUGUACAGGUGUUAGGAUGUGUGUAUGCUUCACAGAUACUUUGUGAGUUUCUGCAGGGAAUGUGUGUGUGUGUGCGUGUGCGCUGGCAGACCAUUGACAUUAUUCUCAGUACUCCUGACUUUUUUCCUAAAAAUGAAGAGCUCAUAAAAUGUGCUAUUUUAAUGUUUUUUUUCUUCCAUCUUCUGAUCUGUCACACUUUGUUUUUAAUUUGCUGUGGCCCUGCUCUUUUAUCUCUCGUCUGAGGGUAAAUGUCAAAGUUGGUAAACGGAACGGUUGGAUAAAGGAGAUGAUGAAAAGAGAGGGAUGGAGGGAGAGAGACAGUUUUUGUUUGUUGGUAUAAAUAAUUAAACUCAUUAAUAAAGUGAUGAAACAGU